UUAUCACUUCAGUGAUACUGAACCCUUAAGAGCAUGCGAUUCUGUGUUAAAUAGAACAGUUAAAAUGUUUAAGUUUGCUAUUUUAUUAUUUUCAUUUAUUUAUUAUACAUAUGGAUGUGGGCGAACACCUAGCAUAUAUCAUUCAAGAACUGAUAAAUUACCUGGCGAUGGUGGAUAUCAAAUUAAGAUCAACGAAAAUCCGGAGAAAUAUGUUCCCGGGAAAUUAUAUACCAUGUACUUAAUGGAUUCACGAAUAUUCAAUAGAGUACAACAUUUCACAAGAUUUACAAUAAGUGUUGAAUCUGCAAAGGAUAAACAAAACAUAUCUCCACAAAAUGUGGGAGGAUUUCAGUUGUAUGGCGACAACUUGUCCAAAUUUAACGAUGAAUGCAUUAACACAAUAUCUGAAACAAAUUCACUUCUGAAAACAGAAGUGUUCUUCAUGUGGUCUGCGCCACCACCUGGAUCUGGAUGCGUUACUUUCAGGGCUAUGGUGUUGGAGAAUUCUGACCACUGGUAUUCUGAUGAUGGCAAAUUGAGCAAAACAUUUUGCGAACAAACAGAUAACGAUAUUAAAAUUGACGAACAAGACUGUUGUUCAUGUGAUGAAGCUAAAUACAGUUUGAUUUUUGAAGGAAUUUGGUCAAAGACGACCCAUCCAAAAGAUUUCCCAUUUUCACUUUGGCUUACCCAUUUUUCGGAUGUUAUUGGCGCAUCUCACGAGAAGAAUUUUACGUUUUGGGGAGAAGACCAGAUUGCUUCUGAAGGAUUCAGAAGCUUAGCUGAAUGGGGUUCCGUUAGGUUAAUGGAAACAGAAUUGCGGGCUAAAAGCAAAUAUUUGAGGACAAUAAUUAAGGCAGCUGGACUUUGGUACCCCAAAGUUAACACUAACACAUCAACAAAUUUUAAAGUAGACAGGCGCCAUCACUUGGUAUCAUUGGCCUCUAUGUUCGGUCCUUCUCCUGAUUGGGUUGUUGGUGUUAACGGACUAAAUCUUUGCUUGAAAAACUGUACCUGGAUUGAGAAUUUGACUGUGGACCUCUACCCUUACGAUGCUGGGACUGACAGCGGGAUUACAUAUAUGUCACCUAAUGCAGAAACAAGCCCUAGAGAAAAAAUGUACGCAAUUACAACUACUUAUCCAGAAGACCCUAGAGCUCCUUUUUAUAACCCAUCGUCUACCAAAAUGGUACCUUUAGCGAGACUUUACUUUAAGCGGGAAAAAGUAGUCCCGAAAAACUGUGAUGAAAAUUUCCUUUUAGCUCAACUCGAUGUCAGCGAAAACACUGAAAAUACCUCAAGAGUGGAAUGUUCGGUAACAGAAUAUACGGAUUGGAGUGAAUGUUCAGUAACCUGCGGUAAAGGCUUGAGAAUGAGGACCAGGGAAUACCGAAUGCCUCAAAAGGCACAAAUGUUUCAGUGUAAUAGGCAGCUUGUCUCAAAGGAAAUGUGUGUGGCUGCCGUACCUGAAUGUGAAAAGAGUGCAGACACUGAAGCAUCAGAAGAAGACAUUGGUAUUGAAAGUUUGGAUGACAACACUGGCAUUUGCUCAACUUCCCCCUGGAGUGAUUGGUCUUCGUGUUCGGCCACUUGCGGUGUAGGUUUUAAGAUGAGGACAAGACUAUUCAUCGACAGAAUGGGAAGGAAGAAGUGUCCCCAUGUUUCCACAGUGGAAAAGGAGAAAUGUAUGGGACCUGAGUGUGGCCCAGGUCAAGUAGAAGUCAUUGAUCCGAUGUGUCCAACUACCGAGUGGAGUGACUGGAGUCCUUGCAGUGCCUCAUGUGGAAGAGGAAUUAGGAUGCGCACACGACUACUAUUGGUCGAACCGCAAUUACAACAGAAAUGCAGUUCGAGAGUGGAACUCAUUCAGCAAACUCCUUGUAUGGACACGCCAGAUUGCACUUUUGAUAUGGCAACUGCAAAAGUGGUUUGUAUGCAAGACAGUGAACCAGGACCGUGCUCUGGUUACUUCAAUAGAUGGUACUUUGAUUCAAGAAAACUGAUGUGCGUUCCAUUCGUGUUUGGUGGUUGCCGGGGAAAUAGGAAUAACUUUUUGACAACCGAGGAAUGUAACGAAGCCUGUGGUGUUGUGAGAGAUGCCCUCUCGGGCGGAUCACCACAACCCAGUCCACAAGUAGUCUAUGCUGCUGAACCGGUCGACUGUAUGGUGACGGAAUGGUCAGAAUGGAGCCGGUGUAGUGCUACUUGUGGAACCGGAAUAGAAGAAAGGUUCAGAAUAGUAAAAAGACCUGCUGAAAAUGGCGGUCGAGCGUGCCCCAGUAAGCUUGUAAGAAGAAGGCGGUGUUUUGGACCAACUUGUCCUAGAUAAAUGUUUUUUACUGCCAUUUAUUGAACAUACAAGAGUAGGUAUCCAUUUGUAAUAACCUGUAAUGUAACAAUGAACAUUACAGGUUAUUAUAACUAGACGGAUUCCACCUUUAGGCUUUUAAAGAUAAUGUAUUGGAAUAAUUAUAGGGGAACUUUGGUUAUCCAAGAUAACGCAGAGGGCAUAUUGCAAACAUAAUUUUUGCUAAUGAAUUUUAAUACAUAUAUGGACAUUAUACUUAUAAGCGUACUAGAGUGUUUAAUGGAUAAUUAGAGUUCUACUGAAUUAGUUACUUAGAUGUUAAUUUUGCUAAAUCUUUUUGUAGCUAUUGAAAAUGUUAUACAGCUUUUACGAGUUAA